AUGUUCCGCCUCUUUCGUCAGUCGCCGGCCCCGGACAAGAUCUAUGCGUCCAGCCUCCAGACGCUCCAUCUCGGAUACGCCCUCUGGUACCCAGAGCCACACAGGUCAGGCGAGCCACAGAUUGGCGACGUGGGCUACAUACGCGACGGGGCAUUCAUUCGGCUCUUCAACCUCGACACGUCUACGCCCGAGAAGAAGGUUACGUUCUGGCCGACGCUUUUCGAGGACAUAGAGCUACUGCCUCCAAAUGUGCUCCAGGGGCGUGAAUGCAUCAGCAAAUUUGCAAGUGGACCGGCUACCUUCGAAAGCAUCUUUGCGCUGACAGUCUCCAGAACGGCCGGUGUGGACGUGUCCGUGGGGCUCAGUGCAGAUUACACAUGUAAGGCAGCUCAGGGCGCGGUUCUUGCGCUCCGAAGCGAGGCGCACGCAGAGACAUUGUUCGAAAGUCACGUUUUCAAGGCAUACAUCGAGAAGAUCGUCGUCGUGUAUGUCUGGGUGAAGACGGAGGCGGACUGGGCGGCGGCGGCGUUCAGUAACACGAGCACGAGCUUCAGUGGCUCUCUCAAAGCUAGUGCCGGCAGCAUUGCAGGGGCCGAGAUGGGUGGGUCGCACUCGAGUUCUGUGAGCGGACCAGAGAUGCAUCGACACGGACAACGCGAGGCGGGGAGUACAAGGAGAGACCAGUGUGUGCUCGUGAAGCGGCUCAAGGUGCGGAGGCGGUUCAUGCUGCCGCGGAAGGUUGUCGCCGGCGCAGGCUACCACCAACUUCCUGAUCCAUGGGCCGCGAGAGAUGGUUUGGGAGGAGAGGGUGUCAUUGUGCUGGAGGCGGAGGCGGAGAAUAUGGGCGACGCAAAUAUAGUCAAUGCUGAGGGCGAUGAUGAGGUUCUUGAUCCUCUGGAUAUCCUCCUUGCCUACAUACUCGAGACGUCUGGUGUCGAGACUGCAGUUGCAAGUGAUGACGAUGUUGAAAGCAUCAUCAGCGGCAAGCAGAUAGUGGAUUUUGCGAGCUAUCUUCGCCAAAUGCAGCCUUCAGUGAACAUUGAUGGCACGCUUGGGUCGCUGUGCAUGGAAGAUGUGAUAUAUCACGAGCGCGAACGUGCCGUCGCACGCCGUAAGAUUACCAGGUCCGACAUGGCGAACUGGCCGUACAUCACCACCGACAGUGCCGGUCAGCCGAUUGACGGGCAUGUUUUCAUCGGCCCCACGGAAGCGGCGGCUCAUUCCCUGAAAGCGAAGCAUCUUGUCUUCGCCGAUUCUCAAGAUCCAUCCGUGCCUAGCAUAUGUUAUGCCACAUCCUAUGACGGCAAGCUGCUUGCGGCAUCGUUCGCUGGCAGUGCUAGCGACAUCCUCCCGGACCCUUGUAUCGGAUUCAGCGACGGGAGCGCGAUUAUCUGGGACAUUCAAAGUGGCCAUGCACUUGUGUGCCUCGAAGGACACCCUGGGACAGUGAUCGACAUUACAUAUGCUCCUCAUGGCGCACUCAUCGCCACCGCUUCCCAUGGCCACAAUUGCAUAAAGAUUUGGGACGCCUCGACUGGGUCAUGCGUGCGCUCGAUCGGCGUUAGUGAAGACAUACACAAGCUCGCCUUUCCUCCGAACAGCUUGUAUUUUUAUGCUCAAGUAGGCCCCUCCGUCAUCAUUUAUGAUGCCCAAACAUGGUCACAUAUCGCGACACUGCACGCUGGUAUACGGGGCGGGAACUUUUGGUGGGUGUCUCCUCAGGGAGAGCGCAUAGCCACUGCGUUGCGCGGUCAGGUGAAGAUCUGGAGCGUGGUGACCGGCAGCGAGAUUCUCACGAUCAACCACCCGCAAGAGCUCUCGUGGCCUGUGGCCUUCUCCCCAGACGGCGUCGAGGUACUGGUGGGCUGUGACGUGGACAAGACUGUUGCCGCAUUUGACUCGCGGACGGGCCAACUCCGUCACGCCUUCGAGCUGUCAGAGCGAGCAUUUCUCGCGGUACACUCCCAAGACGGAGACUAUGUUGUUCUGGGCAAUGAGAAAGGCGAAUUGAAAUGUCAAAUGUAUACCUGGCAGCCAGCACCUUUUUGUGGACUGCAGCACAACUCGAGGGGUAUCAGCUAG